AAAAAAUCAGAUUAUGGAAUAUUUUUAAUUCUGUGCAUUGUGAAGUGAGAAUAAAAAUAAAAAAGGUGAUAUAGCUAUUAUAAAAAGCUAUUUAUUAAUAUGUCAAUUUACAAGCUUCACAACGUAAACAAAAAGAAAAUCGAGUAAACACGAUUUAUAAAAGUAUUUGACAAAAAAAAUAAUUGAAAAGGAAGUUUGACAAAAUCUAACGAGAAGAAAAUUCAAUAAAAUUUAUUUCUAUAAGAAACAUCCAUCGCUUUUCUUCGUUCGGCUAGCUGUGUGGAGAUUACGAUUUGUGCAAACAUGCAAAACCAACAGUCACCAAAUCAAAAUACGCAGCAAUUGCAACAGCAGGCCGUAACACAAACACAAUUGAUAUUGCCGCAACAACAGCAGCAGACACAAUUGGUACAAAAUCAAGGCAAUACAGUGGGCAAGAUCAAUGACACUCAAAAUUUAUCAUCUGUUGGACUACUAGAAUUAGCCCAUCGUGAAUAUCAAGCUGUUGAUUAUGAGAACGCCGAAAAACAUUGUAUGCAAUUGUGGCGACAAGAUAGCACUAAUACAGGUGUGCUAUUGCUAUUAUCUUCCAUACAUUUUCAGUGUCGACGUUUAGAAAAAUCUGCACAGUUCUCAACGCUGGCUAUAAAACAAAAUCCCUUAUUGGCCGAAGCUUAUAGUAAUUUGGGUAACGUUUUCAAAGAACGUGGACAAUUGCAAGAAGCUUUAGAAAACUAUCGAAGAGCUGUACGUUUGAAGCCUGAUUUCAUUGAUGGAUAUAUUAACUUGGCUGCUGCUUUAGUUGCUGCUAGAGAAAUGGAAGCGGCUGUACAAGCCUAUAUAACAGCUUUGCAGUACAACCCGGAUUUGUACUGUGUACGUAGUGACUUGGGUAAUCUGUUAAAGGCUUUGGGUCGUCUUGAAGAGGCUAAGGCUUGUUACUUGAAGGCCAUUGAGACUUGCCCUAGUUUUGCGGUGGCAUGGAGUAAUUUGGGUUGUGUUUUCAAUGCCCAGGGUGAAAUAUGGUUGGCUAUACAUCAUUUUGAAAAGGCCGUUACUUUAGAUCCAAAUUUUUUGGAUGCUUACAUCAAUUUGGGCAAUGUUUUAAAAGAAGCAAGAAUUUUUGACCGGGCUGUGGCAGCUUAUUUAAGAGCUUUAAAUUUGUCUCCUAACAAUGCUGUGGUCCAUGGCAAUUUGGCUUGUGUUUAUUAUGAGCAGGGUUUGAUUGAUUUGGCCAUUGAUACCUAUAGAAGAGCCAUAGAAUUACAACCAAACUUCCCUGAUGCUUAUUGUAAUUUAGCCAAUGCUCUGAAAGAAAAAGGACAGGUAGUUAAAGAGGCUGAGGAAUGUUAUAAUACCGCUCUACGCUUAUGUCCCAAUCAUGCUGACUCUUUGAAUAAUUUAGCCAACAUUAAACGCGAACAAGGUUUCAUUGAAGAAGCCACUCGUCUGUAUUUGAAAGCUUUGGAAGUUUUCCCCGACUUUGCUGCUGCUCAUUCGAAUUUGGCUUCAGUUUUGCAACAGCAAGGUAAACUCAAGGAGGCUCUUAUGCAUUACAAAGAAGCUAUACGAAUUAAUCCAACCUUUGCUGAUGCCUACUCCAACAUGGGCAACACCCUUAAGGAAUUACAGGAUGUAGCUGGCGCCUUGCAAUGUUACUCGCGUGCUAUACAAAUCAAUCCAGCAUUUGCUGAUGCCCACAGUAAUUUGGCGAGCAUUCAUAAGGAUUCUGGUAACAUUCCCGAAGCCAUACAAUCGUAUCGCACUGCAUUGAAGUUGAAACCAGAUUUUCCCGAUGCCUAUUGUAAUUUGGCACAUUGUUUGCAAAUCGUUUGCGAUUGGACGGACUAUGAGGCACGUAUGAAGAAAUUGGUGAGCAUAGUAGCUGAGCAAUUAGAGAAGAAUCGUCUGCCCUCGGUGCAUCCACAUCACUCGAUGUUGUAUCCGUUGUCACACGACUUCCGCAAAGCAAUUGCGGCUCGACAUGCCAACUUGUGUAUAGAGAAGAUUUUAGUUCUACACAAGCCUCCGUAUAAAUUCACACGCGAAGUGCCGAAUGGAGAACGUAUACGUAUUGGUUAUGUUAGCUCUGACUUUGGCAAUCAUCCCACCUCACAUUUGAUGCAAUCGAUACCGGGGCUGCACGAUCGUAGCGUUGUAGAGAUUUUCUGUUACUCUCUUAGUCCCGAUGAUGGUACCACGUUCCGCUAUAAGAUCUCACAGGAGGCCGAGCAUUUUAUUGAUUUGUCGACCAUACCCUGCAACGGCAAAGCGGCCGAUCGCAUCUACAAUGACGGUAUCCACAUACUGGUGAAUAUGAACGGUUAUACCAAGGGAGCACGUAAUGAAAUCUUUGCCUUGCGGCCGGCACCCAUACAGGUUAUGUGGUUGGGUUACCCCGGCACAAGUGGGGCCUCAUUUAUGGAUUACAUUAUCACAGAUUCAGUAACGAGUCCUAUGGAGUUGGCACACCAAUACAGUGAAAAAUUGGCCUAUAUGCCAUACACGUAUUUCAUUGGGGAUCACAAACAGAUGUUCCCCCAUUUAAAGGAACGCAUACUGGUGGCCGAUAAAACACAAUCGACUGUGUCGGACAAUGUGGCUGUUAUUAAUGCCACAGAUUUGUCGCCAUUAGUGGAGAAUACAGGUGUUAAAGAGAUACGUGAGGUUAUCAAUGCCAACAAACAGGUUGAAAUCACACACAAAGUGGCUGAACUUCCCAACACCACACAAAUUGUGUCAAUGAUCGCUAGUGGACAAGUGCAGACCUCUCUGAACGGUGUGGUCUUACAGAAUGGUUUGGCCACAACACAGACAAACAACAAGGCAGCCACAGGCGAGGAAGUUCCACAAAGCAUUGUCAUCACUACCAGACGGCAAUAUCAUUUACCCGACGAUGCAAUUGUCUAUUGUAAUUUCAAUCAAUUGUAUAAAAUCGAUCCCUUGACACUGCAGACCUGGAUGAACAUCUUAAAGGCUGUACCUAAUUCUGUGUUAUGGCUUCUGAGAUUCCCAGCGGUUGGAGAACAGAAUAUUAAGAAAUCAGUAGAGGAUAUGGGUGUCGAUCCAGAACGUGUUAUAUUUUCAAAUGUUGCUUGUAAGGAGGAACAUGUACGUCGUGGUCAAUUGGCUGAUGUGUGCCUCGAUACGCCACUUUGUAAUGGACACACCACAUCAAUGGAUGUUUUAUGGACUGGCACACCAGUUGUCACACUACCAGGAGAGACAUUAGCAUCAAGAGUGGCUGCUUCACAGCUGGCGACCUUGGGCUGUCCCGAACUUAUUGCUAGUACCCGCCAAGAAUAUCAAGAAAUUUCCAUACGUUUGGGCACAGAUCGUGAAUAUCUCAAGACAUUGCGUGCCAAAGUGUGGAAGGCACGCGCUGACAGUCCACUGUUUGAUUGUUCACAAUAUGCCAAAGGUUUGGAAAAGUUAUUCUUGCGCAUGUGGCAAAGAUUUUUGAGGAGUGAAGCACCAGAUCAUAUUGCCGCUAUAGAUAAUAAAUAAAUUAACCAUAAUACAACUAUAAAGUAAAACAAAUUUUUAAUAACUUGAACCACACACUUCACACUUCAUCAAAACAUUAAGUAAACAGGAAAUUUCCUCUUAUAACAACUUUACUCCUUAACAAACAAACAAAAAUAAUCUUCAUUCUUAAAAACAUAUUCAUACAUAAUUAUUUUAAGUUUUCAAAA